AAAAGGAAAGUAAGAUAUCCCAAAAAUGUCCUUUUCUGGAAUGGACCAAAAUACUCAUAAAAAGGGUGAAACUAUUGAAAAUAAUGACGAAUCUGUCACCAAAGAGGACGAACCUAGCCACACGAUAGACGAUGUUUCAGUGAAUUACUAUGCUAUUCAGUUACCUGAGGAAUUGUUUCGUGAAAGGGCUGAAACUGAACAUUUGGUUUUUACAGAUAGAUUGGAGCUGAUUAAGGUGCUUAAAGAUAAUAAAGAGGCUAGAUUUAAGAUGUUCAGAAGUAAAACUGAAGCAGUGGAAUUCUCAUCUUUAUCCUGUAAGCCUAAGCCUAAGAUAAUUUGUACAUCUGGAGAAUCCUGCCCUUUUAAGUCCCCUGUAUCUCAGCAAACUGUUAAAUUCCGUAAAGCAAUUGAAGCAGGCAAUAUUGACUAUAUUCUAGAUUGCAUCAGGUCAAACCCCACGUACUUAAUGACUCCUUCAGAUACUCCUACAAUUUUGAAUGCUGGUGCAAGGCUUAAUGCGCUUCAUGUAGCCGCAACUCAUGGUAAAGUUGAGGCCGCCACUGUAAUUUUGGACUUUAUCAAAGGAGAUAUGACCCGUGUGAUGUACCCUGAUGAGGAUCCAACGCAGAAUAUGUUUCGAAGGGAUCGCAUUCUCGAUUACUACAUCAAUAUGCCAGAUAAGACUAUAGGAGAUACACCGCUCCAUUACGCUUCCAAAUUUGGAAUGCUAGGAAUGGUAGAGCUGUUAAUGGAACAGCCUCAGAUAAAUCCUGAAUUAAAGAAUAGAAACGGGGAUACAGCGGGUGAUGUAGUGUGCUCCAGGUCCCGGAUCAAUGAUCCUAUUGUAGAAGGGAGAAUAAAAAACCUGAUUCAGGGUCUCGUUUACAUACCAGUUUAUAAGGAGUUUGAAUAUUCUGCUCCAUCUAGCUUAGGAGAUCCCAUUCCACAGAAGGAUUGGUUAAACGUUCAGUUAUCUCCUGAAGACUUGAACACAAGUUCUCAAAAAUCACCAUUGAACCCUAAAUCAUAUUCUUCCUUUUCUCCUGGAUCUGCUCUAAGUUUAUCUCCUUUAAUCUCAAGAUCUCCCCUAUCCAUCAGAUCUCCACUAUCCACCAGAUCUCCACUAUCCACCAGAUCUCCCCUAUCCACCAGAUCUCCCGUAUCUGCUAAAUCUCCACUAUCGCUGAAUUCUCCUGCAUCAAUGUCUUCAGUCAUGCUCUCCGCAAUACUAGGUCCUGUCACGGAGGAAGAAGCGAGUGUUCUGUUUAAAGAAUUAAAGGUUGCCUCCGCUACUCGACACCGUCUUAAAGAUCCAGCAAGAGGGUUAGAGAGCCAAUGUAGAGCUGCAGCUCGUAAGACUGGAACUAGUUGGAGAGAGUACUGGCCUUUUUUAAACGACUAUAUUGAUCUUCAAAGUCCUCAGGGUUUAGAGGCACUGGAAGAAUAUCUUUCAAAAAAAUACGAAGAACUUGCUAGACGUGAGGAUGAGGAAAGGUGUAAAGAAGUCGAGGAGGACGAUAAUAUAUUUGAUAUGGGGGAAUUGGAGUUCAUAUCAAAACAUAAUCAUUCGUUUUUGAGUGCUUCAACUUCUGGAACCAGGGAAACCCAUUCAGAUACAACGGAUAAUAUCAUUAAACAUGAUCCUCCAAGUCCAGUUACAACUCUAUCCUCCAAUCUUAAUUGUUUGAACCUGGAUAAGGAUAAUGAGGGAGGUACACUGGAUUCUCUUGAGCCCCAUGGAUCCAGAGUACGAAGGCCUAGUCAAGAAGUCGAGGAUUUGGUAUCACAAUUCAGUUUCAUGUUCUCUCACGCUCUCACCAACUCCGUUCCUAGCUCCGACUCCGACCUAGAGAUUCAAGACUGGGGCUCAGCUUUACUUCCACACUGGGAAACUUUGCGCAGACAUAUUAACAAUAUGAGAAGCGACCCGGCUGGUAGAUGGACAGGCUUAGACUACUCCGCUCUCUUGAUUCGGGUUGUGGAGGGAAUUGUAGCAGAGUUAGAUGUGGAGUUGGAUUUUAUAGAACUUGAUAAAAUAAAAGAAAUCCUAGAUCGGCUGGCGAGUUUUAAAAUUGGAUCUUCGGAUCAAAAUGUUCAAGGAGAUGUUAUGAGCUUCCGUUUACCCGGUGUUCAGCGCAAAGAUUUGUCACGACUUCGUGAGAUUCAACCUUUAGCUCGGAUUCUGGUAUACUAUAUGGAGAAUCAAGGAUUUCCUGAGAAUCAGAACCUGGAAACACUCUGGGACUUACUCCCUUCAAACACGAGGAAUUCAAGGGUUUCUACGAAGCAAGUAAACCAGGCCAGAAAGUUUCUGCAUUCAAAGGUUUUCUCCGGCAGUGACUCUUCUGAGCUAGGGCGAGAAUCAGUUUCUGAAGAUUUUUCAUGGAUAAAUUCGCCUAUCGGAGCUCAAAAACCUAGAGAGCCGUCAUCUUCUGGAGACUUUUCUCCUCCUCCAGAUCUAUCUGGAGAACACAAUUGGAGAAAUUCUAGUAUAAGUAGUAUUGGAAGUUCUGAAUAUGGUACACCCCCUGACAGCCCCGCUCCUUCCAGUAUGGUUACAGCAGAUGAGGGUGUUUUUCUUUAUCUUCAUGGAACUAAACCGUGCCAGGAGGAUCGUCAGGUAUAUAUGGCACUGAAGGAAAUUGAGUUAGACGAACUCCAUGAUUUUCCAAACUUGAAAAUGUACCUGAUCAUGUUAGGGAACUAUAGUGAGGAAGAGACCCAAAGCUGGCCGGAGAAACCAAUCAACCACAAACCUGAUAUUUUACCAAGAAAGCUUGACUUAGAUUUUUCCUUUAAUUAAGCGAAGGUUGAACGUCAAUUUUGAUAUCAUACGACAAAUACAUUUUGUGGUAAUGUAAAUUACUAUUGUAAAAAAUAUAAUUUAUAAUUGUUUUGUGAUAUAUUAUUUUUGAUAAUUCAUAUCUAUUUCUAAUAUCCCUCCGUAUUUCUGUGAUUUGAAACCAGUUUACCUGAAAAUUUGGAGUAUAAACGAAUGUUGCCUAUUCAGA